AUGACGGACAUAGAGGAUAUUAUUGCGAAGCUGCAGCGCUUUUCGUGGCCGGAUUAUGGCGUCUUCAUAGCCAUGUUUGUGAUCUGCAUAAUGAUCGGCAUCUAUUUUGGCUUCAUGAAUCGCAGUCUUUCCGAGUCCGACUAUCUAAUGGGCGGUCGCAACAUGCUCAUACUGCCCAUCGCACUCUCGCUGGUGGCGAGCUUCAUUUCGGGCAUUACCUUGUUGGGUUUGCCGACGGAGGUCUACUCCUAUGGCGUCCAAUAUUUGUACGUCUCCCUGGGCGUGAUUGCAAUGGGCGUAGUGAUGGGCGUUUUUUACCUGCCUGUCUUUCAUCAGUUGAACAUCACAUCGACAUAUGAGUAUCUAGAGAGCCGCUUCGAUCGUCGUCUACGUAUGUAUGGAUCGGUAAUGUUUGCCAUUAUGAACGUUGCUUAUUUACCAAUUGUAAUCUAUGUGCCUGCCUUAGCCUUCAAUCAGGUGACCGGAGUUGCUGUACACACCAUAACGCCCAUCGUUUGCAUAAUCUGCAUCUUCUACACCAGUUUGGGCGGCAUUAGGGCUGUUGUGUGGACGGAUGUGGUGCAAACGGUGUCGAUGGUGGGCGCGCUGAUACUGGUAGCCGUGAAAGGAAGUCACGACAUUGGCGGCGCAGGUGUGGUGCUAAAAAAUGCUUGGGAAACGAAUCGCAUCGAAGGACCCGACUUGAGUGUAAAUCCCACGGUGCGCCAUACGCUUUGGUCGCAGCUCAUCGGUGGCGUCGUCUAUUGGACCCAAACGAAUGCGGUUUCACAGAAUAUGAUACAGCGGUAUCUUGCUUUGCCCACCUUGCGUGCAGCACGCCUAGCUUUGUGCAUUUUUUGCUCCGGCGUGCUGGUUAUGAUGGCGCUUUGCGGCUACAAUGGUUUGUUAAUUUACGCGACGUACAAGAAUUGUGAUCCGCUCACCACAAAGCUGGCCAAGGCACGCGAUCAGCUACUGCCGCUUUUCGUAAUGGAUACAUUGGGUGAUUAUCCGGGGCUCACGGGGCUAUUUAUCGCCGGAGUAUUUAGCGCUGCACUAAGCUCGCUUUCUACAUGCUUGAACUCUAUGUCUGCUGUGGUGCUGGAGGAUUUUGUCAAACCCUUUGUGAAACGGCCGUUAUCCGAUAAGGCGAUAAAUUGGGUCAUGAGGUCGGUUGUGGUGGGGAUGGGCGCGCUGUGCGUCUGCCUGGUCUAUGUAGUUGAACACAUGGGGACCGUGCUGCAGCUGACCAUGAGUUUAGAGGCCAUCACCAAUGGUCCGCUUUUCGGCAUAUUUACCAUUGGCAUAUUUAUGCCGUGGAUCAGCGGCAACGCCGCUUUAACUGGCGGCGUGGUGGGCGUAAUCGCCAUGUCGUGGAUCAGCUUGAAGGCGCAAUGGGCCAUAGCGUCUGGCGCUAUUAAGUAUCAGACGAAGCUCAUCAAUGUUGACCAAUGCGACUAUCAUUUUGAUCAUACAAGCUCAUCGAUGAGCCCAUCCAAUAUGACUGAUUUGAAUGCGGCGGCAGACGAAAUAUUUCCUUUAUAUCGGAUUUCUUAUAUGUGGUACACUUGCCUAGGCACCUUGAUCACAAUUUUCAUUGCCAUUUUAUAUUCAGGCAUAGCUGGUCGUCAGAACACCAAGUCGGUGGACCCGGAGCUUCUGACGCCUUGCAUUAGAAAAUAUGUGCGAAGCAGAGGCGAAUACAUUAAAAAACCACACACAAAUGACAUGCCAUUGCAGAUGAGGGUUGGCGCGGACGAGGUCGCUUUAUAAACUCAACUUUUACUCAUUAUUUUUAAGUUUAAUUAUUUAGAGACAAUUAGACGCCAAUUUGUAUUAAAAAUAAAACGAAACCCAGUCAUUAUUAGCAAAUGUGGUGAAUUU